UUUGUGUAAUAAUCUAUUCCACAUCGUUUGGCAGUUUGAAUGAUCCGUGAAAUCGACGUUUCCCUGGAACACGAGGCUUCUUUAAUUUUUAUUCUCUUUGCUUCACUCGAUCGCCUGGAUUUAUAGCGAUAUCGUUUCGCUUGUUUUCUGUAUCUGUUUUUGUUCGAACCUGAGGAGGUAUGGUUUCUCCGCCGAUGGUGGAGCCAGGACAGUUGAAGCGCGCGAUGAUCGAUUCGACGGCUGGCGCAAUUGCUGGUUGUGUGUCUCGGACGGUCACGUCUCCUCUCGACGUGAUUAAGAUCAGGUUUCAGGUUCAACUGGAGCCGAUAACUUCAUGGGCUUUGGUUCAAAGAAGUUUGUCUGGGCCAUCAAAGUACACCGGCAUGAUCCAAGCAACAAAGGAUAUUUUCAGGGAGGAAGGCUUACCGGGCUUUUGGCGUGGUAAUGUUCCUGCUCUGCUCAUGGUUAUGCCAUAUACAGCUAUACAAUUUACCGUGUUACAUAGAAUGAAAACAUAUGCUGCUGGUUCUUCUAAGACAGAGGUCCACAUACAAUUGAACCCUUAUCUUUCUUAUAUCAGUGGGGCACUGGCCGGGUGUGCAGCAACUGUUGGAUCAUAUCCAUUUGAUCUUCUUCGAACGAUAUUGGCAUCACAAGGUGAACCUAAGAUUUAUCCAUCCAUGAGGUCUGCCUUUAUUGAUAUAUUCCAAACCCGGGGGUUUCGAGGACUAUACGCUGGAUUGUCACCUACACUUGUUGAGAUUAUUCCAUACGCGGGUCUACAGUUCGGCACCUAUGACACGUUCAGGCGAUGGACUAUGUCCUGGAACCACCGCCACUACCCUAAUUCUGGAGCAACUAAUAGGAAAGAUGGCCUUUCAAGUUUUCAACUUUUACUUUGCGGGUUGGCUGCUGGGACUUGUGCAAAACUUGUUUGCCAUCCACUUGAUGUGGUUAAGAAAAGAUUUCAGAUCGAAGGGCUACAAAGGCAUCCGAGAUACGGGGCGAGGGUAGAACAAGAUGCUUACAGGAACAUGAUUGAUGCUUUACGGAGAAUUAUGAAAAGCGAAGGAACGGCGGGGCUCUAUAAAGGCAUCAUACCCUCAACGGUUAAGGCAGCCCCUGCUGGCGCCGUCACAUUUCUGGCGUUCGACACUAUCUCGGACUGGCUUCUUUCUAUUUCCUCAUAAUUUUUUUCCUUUCUUUAUAUAUUUAUUAAGUCACAAAUAAUUGCAAGUUUAGUUUCAGGAUUUUGGACUCUUGUUUCAAACC